AUGUCCUCAUCCUCUUCAUCUGAAAAAGUUAGGGCUUCCCAUAUACUCAUAAAGCAUCAGGGCUCCCGCCGUAAGGCCUCCUGGAAGGAUCCUGAAGGCCGUGUUAUCAGCGCCACCACUCGUGACGACGCCGUUUCGCAGCUCAAGGAUCUCCGCGUUGACAUCGUCUCCGGCAAGGCCUCGUUCUCCGAUGUCGCUUCCCGUUACUCUGAUUGUAGCUCCGCCAAACGCGGCGGCGAUCUCGGUUCAUUCGGCAGGGGUCAGAUGCAGAAGCCUUUUGAAGAAGCAACAUAUAUACUGAAGGUUGGCGAAAUAAGUGACGUCGUGGAUACUGAUAGUGGAGUUCACAUCAUCAUGAGAACUGGUUGA